AUGUAUAAAUACGAAUUUGGGAUCAAAGCAGCAAAGGCGCUGUUUGGCAAGAUUCCAGACGACUACAAGCUCUGUGAUCUCAGACGUGUAAGGAAUAAAAACUUUCGAGAUUCCGCCGACAAGGGGUUAAAUGAAGACGAUAGCGAGCUUAAUGAAGACGAUAACAAGCUAAAUGAAGACGGUGGCGAGCUGAAUGAAGGCGAUGGCGGAUUGAAUGGAGAAGAUGACGAAGUAAAUGGGGAUAGUGAAGACGUUGACAAAUCUAGUGCAGAGGAUUGGAUUUUUAUUGGAGAUGCAGAGAUGUACAACCGCAACGACAUUGUCGUAGCUGUAAUCACUAAGAGCUUUGGCGAUGAAACAGGCUCCAAGCGAUACAUCGGCUGCUUGAGUCACAUUUUCAGGAUCCCGCAAAGCAGAUUGUGUCAAUACAUUCUCACAUUCAACGCGCAAAUAUCCCCUUCCCAGAAUAUUAAGGUACUGAUGUGGACGAUUGAAAACCUUACGUCCUACAAGCGUGUUGUGAAAAGUCUUUCCGAUGGGGAUGCGAUGAGGUCGAUACCAGAGCUGUUCUUGAAAGGCCCUAUGACAGACGCUAGCCCCCUUACAGACGAUACUAUAGAUAUUCAAGAUGGUGUGCCCGAGUCGAUGAACCCAAUGCAGAAAAUCGCGAUAUCAAGAGCAAUCCAGGAGGAUGGGGACAAGGUGGUACUGAUUCAAGGCCCUCCUGGAUGUGGUAAAUCGACGGUGAUCGCCGAAAUAAUCCAUUUGCUUACCACCCAUGACCGAGGUAACGCGGGGAUGCGAGUCCUGGCGUGCGCACAGACGAACGUUGCUGUGGUAGAUCUUGCAUAUAAGUAUGUUACCACUAAAAAACCUAAGGACAAGUUUGCAUGUGUUAUGGAUAUGAAGCUACCCAAGAUCACCGAUAGCCGCAAGAGAGUCGUGCUCGAGCCAUUUACAAUUAUCGCUCGAUAUCAUCAAGUUGUCAAUGCUGUGUUGCAUACCGUCAUACGCGUCUUUGGGCGUACCCCCACUGCGUGUCACGGGAGCACGACAAAGGAUGGAGUUAAGAAUAUUGUGGCCGCCGAUUUCAAUGCGUGUGUGGAAAGUGGUUUAAUCGAACUACUGCCUCAGAGAGUUCGCACUCUUCUGAUGUUUACGCAGGCCGCGAUAGGCGGCUCUACGCUGCCGCCUGACGCUUUGGCCCGGAUGAAGCGCUUUGUUUCAGGAAUGCGCAACGAACUUAAGCUCUUUUUUGAACCCAUCGAGCUCGAGUCGUUGCUCGAACUUUGCAGUGUUAGUCAGCAUACAGGCUCGUCGGCACGCCCUACACCUAUACCUAUUUACGAAUGGGUGAAGCAAGCCCUCCUUGACGCAGCGUCUGUUGUAUUUUGCACGAUUAAUAUUGGGAUAUCGUUGACUUAUAAUAGACGCUUGGACAGUCUAGCGUAUAUCGUUGUCGAUGAGGCAGGACAGGCACUAGAGCCAGAUGUGGCUGCACUAAUGUGUGUUGAUUCAUGCUUUCGUCGCCUUAUCUUGGUUGGUGACCCAAAGCAGCUCCCAGGAUAUUGCGCAUCCAACCGAGGCAAGCGCGAGAUGAUGGACCGCAGCCUCAUGGAGCGUCUCCAGACAUACCGACUGUGCCAUUCUACACUUCUCGAUGUACAAUACCGCAUGCACCAAGACAUCUGUGCUUUUGUGUCCCGAACCUUUUACGAUAACAGAUUGACCUCCGACAAAUCUAUCCAUAACAGGAGCCCUGUUACAGCACUACCAGCAGUUAUGCACAUUAUGUUUAGGGGGUCUCAGGCGAGCCAGUCAAAAAUCACGAAAACGAGUGUAGUGAAUAUCGAUGAGGCUAGAUACAUUGUCGCCCAUGUAAUCAACGUGCUGUUGCCGUCCAGACGGAAGCAAGCCUCUUCAGCCAAGCCCGUGACUAAACCUGAGUCUGGAUCAACAUCUUAUGCUGACAUGGCGGCGAAACUCCCGCAAAAGAUAGAGGCGCGACAACCUGCAGAAGCCGCCACGGUCUCUAUUGGAAUCAUAUGCAUUUACAAACCACAAGCCAACGUUAUACAAUACCUUGUCGACAAGGCACUGCCCCAAAAAUUAUCUGAGUUCAAUAUAGUCGUUAAAACCAUAGAUUCAUUCCAGGGGCAGGAGUGCGACGUUAUCUAUGUGGCGCUUACAAGAACUAACAAAAUCAACGCUUUUAUGGUCAAUGCUAAUCGCGUUAACGUGGCAAUUUCGAGAGCUCGACACCACCUAAUUGUAGUGGGAGAUGCAAAUCUUUCGCUGACAGGCAAACAAGGCGCCUCCUUAUCAUCCUACUGGCAUAAGCUGUGUGUGGGCAGGAGAUCCAUGGUUAUCGAACGAAAGCACAUGAAGAACGUACCUCUGUACGAAGGACCUGAACACGUUGCUGCUAUGAAGGCUGUGGCAAUGCCAGUAACACCGACCACAGUCAAAGAGAUCAUAGCUAAGGCAUUGGCUGCCACAACUCCUAUUUGGGCCAUUCAUUAUGAGAGGCUCAAGGUAGACCCGGAAAUCCCGCAAGGAAUCCAUAUACUCGAAUAUGUUGUGCAAGCGCUGGCUAGUGGGGACUUUGACGCGGGAGAUGGCGGUAGAACAACUAGACCUUUAUUCCGCAAACAAAAAGGAGCAUCCCUGUUCUUCGUUACCUCGGUGUGUGAUACAGUGUGCCUUGCGUGGACCGUGGUGGUGCACGGGCACCGCCAGGCCAUUGAGCUUCUUGGCAUCGGAGACAAAACAUUCAUCGAGAAGAAGGUCUGGCCGCUGCUCCGCCACGACAUCAAAGAGCAACCAGAAUGGAAGCUCUCUGCGUCUAUGAGUCUGUGGUCGUCUGGUAUAAGCGUAGACCUCUCCAAGGAUAUGCCAAAAAGUACGUCGUUGCUCUAUGUGCCUGCAGAUGUAGAUGUUCCUGCCGCUGACUUAUUGGCGGAUGUACCAGAAAAUGCACAUCUUUUGAACGAUCGCGACCAUACUAAGCUCAUGGCGUCCAUGAGGUCCAGACCCAUUAUGAUUCUUGGAGGUGGGGGUACUGGCAAGACGGAGUGUAUGCUGGAUAUGAUCGAGCAGCAACUGGACAUGGAUACAGACUAUGACAACAUGCAGCUUUAUUUGGGAGCAACAGAUUCGUUAGCCAACUGGUCGUCGGUGAGGCUACUAAAACGGAAGAGUAUAACGGAACAGGGCUUUAGGAUGGUAUCGUUCACCAGUCUUCCAUCUCUACUCACAAAGCUCUACAUGUCGAGUAGCGCCAUACGCGGGAGGCUCUUUGUGGAUCGUAACGUAUUUAGAUCUGAAUAUAUGGAUGCCAUGCCUGCAAUGGUCCGCAGUAUUGGCGCCGAUGAGCUCUACGAUACUAUCCUCGCACGCAUGGAUAUAGAGGCACACAACAGUACUAGGUUCCUUAGGUCAGAGCACAAGACAGCGCACAAGGUGUACAAAUCGAUCAAAGCAUCGCGUGGCCAUAUCGAUGCUUACGAUCUUCACGCACUUGUCAAACGAGACCCGCAACGAUUAGUGGCUAUGGCAUCGAAGAUAGCACGCAUCUACUUAGAUGAGGUCCAAGAUAUAUCAUGGACAAUGUGGUCCGUAAUCGAGAUAAUGCUCUCUGCACGCACCUCGAGCGUGGUGUGUGCUGGUGAUUUUACACAGCGACUUACACCAGGGAUUUCAGUCAAUGGCAUAAAGACGCUUAUCUAUAAACACCUCCCCAAGAGUAUGGAGACCAUUAGAUUUAAGACAAAUUAUCGAUCGGACCCUAACAUUAUAUCGCUCGCAAACCGUAUCCAAUCGUACACCCACAUGAGAGAACACGCAAUGGAACCGUCUCUCUAUUCUAAGGAAAGCAGCAACUCCGUGACACUGGUAGAGAUACAGGACAUCGAGCAUGAAAAUGUAGCCGAUGUGUUGCGCUAUAUCGGAGUACCAUCCAACAACUACAGAGCUGCGAUCGUCACAUCGUCGUCAUGGGCACAUCGGCUUCGUGAGACUUUGGGUAAAUCUCACAAUGUCUUUAGUGCUUACGAAUGCAAGGGUCUCGAGUUCGACCUUGUUGUGUGUUGGGAUCUCUUCAACCCAAGCAUGGGUGUAAAAACGUCGACUUUAAGGCAUAACAUGGGAGCUUCCACCUUAGAUAAGGGUAAUAUUGAGGAAGACGAGAACUUUGAGAUAUACUUGAACCACCUCUACGUAACCGUUACAAGGGCACGCAAGCAUCUUAUAGUGGUCGUCCCACCGUGUGAUAGAACCAGUAUUAUGAUCAGGGCACUCGGGAUUAACGAUGUCGUCCAUUACAGCGAGGUCCAGGAGCGUGGACCUCUGCCUGAAAUUAUCAUUCCAAUAGAUGAGCUCAGUGUGUCUGACGAUCUAAGAAUGGCGAUUGUAAUGAGAGAGAGAGGCUUGCUUCAGCAGGCCCUCAACGUCUUUGAGCAGAAUGGCGACGCUGCACAAGCAGGGUUUACAAGAGCUCUAAUCCACCGAAAAGAGCACAGGCUUCGCGGGGAAGAUCACGAGAUCCAGCUUUGUAUUUCUGAGUGUUACGGAGUGAUCGAGGAAUUGCACCAGUCGACAGAGAGUGUUCUCAAAAUCGAGGAUGUAAAGCUAUUCCUUGCCCAGGCACUGGUCGCUGAUAAGCAGUAUGCUGAAGCCUGUUUGCUUUACGAAGACCUGGAGAUGGAAGAUGAACUGGUCGCGUGCCUAAUCGAGGCAGUCGAAUCAAAGUCUGAAGAUGUAGCGCAGCUACAAGACCUUGUAUCCGAUCAAGCUGUAGCUAUAUGGGAGCAUUUCAAGGACAACAAUAGAUACGCAAGAUUUGUUAUUGCGUUAAUGCUGAUAUUCAAAUCUUCGCCUGUAGAUAUAGUCCAGUCGAUGCUCUCGCACAUUCCAUCCAAGACAGGGCUUAUUAUGAUGCAUAACUCCCUGGUAGAGGCCAAUAAAAGCGUAUCUCCCAUAUGGGAAGUAUUCCGAAGAAGAAAGUCGCUGCAGAUUGGCCCCGGGUCAGAAGAGUCGGAGGAACUGACAUUUUUAGAAUGGAGCUCAUUGCGACGCCUCGAUGGCCGGCACGCUAACAAAGACUUGGGUUACAUUAUGUCUGCUCAUUGCUUGCCAAACUAUCAGUCGUUAAUGGCAUGUCUGUUUGUUGGGCCUAGAAACAACAUGACCACCGACAUCUUGUCACUCCAUAUCCAAUCGGGUGCUAUGCUAAAGGUGUGUCGAUCGCUGGAAGUGCCUUUGAAGCAUGUGGCAAUGAAGAUGAGCGAACUCUCGUGCCCCCUCCCAGAUUUUAUGACACUUCAUUCCCAAAUAAGCGAAGAAGAGUCAAGGAUGCACCUGCUUGCCGAGGCGUACAAGAUGCAUAAGCUCAAGAUGAGGGGUAGCGAGCAUCAACUCACGCUCUUUAGAUGGUGUGCAAAGAUGAGUGGGGCCUGCUAUCUAUCUGGUUUCGAAUAG